AGUCAAUGCGAGGAGCAGCGCCACGAUGAUUGGAAUCGAGGUCAUCCCCAUCAGCACGCUCUUGACGCUCAUCACCACACAGGUGCUGGAGAUUGCCAUCGCCGCCAAGGAUGUCCUGGUGGAGAAGGAGAGCUUCCAGAAGCUUUCGCGCUACCUCCACGACAUCGAGCCCGUGCUCGCGGAGCUCAAGGAGCGCUGCUUCAAGGAUCUCACGGCAGCCAACCAGGCGCUCCAGUCGCUCAAGACCGACCUGGAUCGAGCGCACACGCUGGUAAGCGAUUGCACGGACAAGUCCAAGUUCUACUUGCUGCUCCAUUGCCGCUCCAUCGUCAAGGACGCACAGGUGGUGACUCGCGAUAUCGGCAAGGAUCUGGAGCUCUUGUCCCUGGCCGGGACGGAGCUCUCGCUUGAUAUCCGGGACAACCUCUUGAGAGUCAAGAACCAGUUCUUGAGCGCUGAGUUCCAGGCGUCCGAGACAAAGUUACAGAUACUCAGCAAGCUCGAGGAGGGGAUCCGGGAUCACAGGACGGACCAGGGCUUCGCCAACGAUCUUAUCGUCGCCAUCGCCAUGGCCGUGGGAGUUCCAGUGGAGCCAUCCGAGAUCAACAAGGAGCUCUCGAGCUUUAAAAGAGAGAAGGAGCUGCUGGCUGAGCGAAAGCAAAUGCAGGAGCAGGCUUUCAUGGAGCAAGUGAUCGAUCUUCUGUCCAAGGCCGACGCUGCCUACACGUCAGAUGUUCUAAGACAGCGGUACAAGGAGGCGUCCGAGCACAUUGGAAUCACUGAGCCGGUUGAUCCACUGAGCUCCUUCAUCUGUCCGCUCGCGCGUGAGGUUAUGAUCGAUCCAGUGACUGCUUCGAGCAACCGGACUUACGAGCGAAGUGAGAUCGAAAGGUGGUUUGCGAGCGGCCACACGUCGGACCCUUUCACUCAUAUGGAACUUACGGAUUUCACGCUGAGGCCCAACACUUCGCUGAGGAAGGCUAUCCAGGAGUGGACGGAUCAGAACUACUGCAUACGGAUUCGUCGAGCGAAGCAUUUUCUCCAAAAGAGGGACGUGGCACUGGCGCAGAAUGCUCUGGAUGAUUUGUGCAAGCUGUGCGAGGAGAGCAACACGAACACGGAGUGGAUCGCCGCAGAGAAUGUUAUUCCGGAGAUCAUUGAGGUGAUGAAGCUGCGUGACAAGGAGGUCCAAAGGAGAGCUCUCACAGCUCUGCGGAUUCUCGUGCACAACAAUUUUAGAAACAGAGAUGAAGUUGUCCAGGUUGGCGGACUGGAACAAGUCGUUCGAUGCCUCGGGAAGAGUACGUUAAAAAAGCUGGCGCUGUCGGUAUUGCUGGAGCUUCUGCAAGGGGAUGAAAGAUCUGUUUGCGAGAAGCUCUGCCAAGAAAAGAGCGCCGUCUUACAUCUCGUGAUGCUCCACAAUGAGAACGAGCCGACAGCAAAACCUGUCCUUGAGAAGCUUUGCAGCAGCAAUGAGAACAUUGUGCAAAUGGCAUCCAUGAGCUACUUUGAUCCACUGAUAUCGUCCUUACUUGAAGGUAGUGAGGAAUCGAAGUUGGCUAUGGCUCGAGCCCUUGGGAACCUCGAGUCUCUGUCGGAUCAAAACAAGCUCAUGCUUGGAGAGAAAGGAGUCAUCGGUCCUCUCCUCCAGAUGAUGAUAAGCGAUAAACUCGAAGCAAAAGCUACUGCGUUGGAGGCGUUGAGGAAUCUGUCGUCAAACUCUCAGAACCAGCGAAGCAUGGCACAAGCUGGUGGAUUUCCCGUUCUCAUGGACAAUCUGACGUCUCCCAGGCUCCCUCAGACUUGCAAAGAAGCUGCAGCAAUAACUCUCAAGAAUAUAGCGCAAGGAAAUACGGACGCAUCGCUCACUGACCGGGAUGGGCACGCAGUGAACGUAAAACAGGCCGUCGAGACGCUCAUCGGUCUCAUGGAAAGCUCCUCGCACGGCUUGAUUCUUCGGGCACCUAUUCUCCUGGUACUUCAUGGACUGGCACAAUCAAAAGACGGGGAACUAGUACAGGAAGUGAUAAAGGAACAGCAAGGAGUAGCUUUUCUGGUUGGGCUGCUCGAUGGAGCCGAGAGAGAAGUCCGUGACUCGGCUGUGUUCCUGCUUCGCUCCAUGUCGGAAGGAGCUGGAGGCGACAUUUUCGACUGCCUGUACACCGAGAAGAAGCUGGAACACUUCGUUAACUUGAUCGGCAACUGUUCUUCCGCAGACAUCCGAGCAGAUCUUUUAAUGGUACUGGCGAGCUUCCCGAGCAACAAGCAAACCAUGGAGACACUGAUGGAGGCUGGAGCUGUGACCACGGUGCUGGCCCAGGUGAAAGGCGACAGCUCCAAAGUCACUGAGAGUGCUCUCGCUGCGCUCGAGAGGUUCACGGAGCCAACUAACGUAGAGCUCCAGAGGACUUUGGUGGACUCGGGGAUCCAUUCUGUCCUGGUGACGAUCCUCAACUCGGGAACCACAACAGGGAAGGCAAGAGCAGCACGAGCCCUGAGGAACUUCUCCCUGACCACACUAGACUUGUGCCAUCCGCCAACGAGCACAGGAUGGCUUUGUUUCCGGCCGACAGUGCCAGCGAUUUGCAAGGUCCACACCGGAGUAUGCAGCGUCAAGACCACGUUUUGCAUCGUGGAAGCCAGGGCGGUUCCGGGUCUGGUUGCUCUACUGGACGAGCCAAGCAGCGUUGCCGCCGAAGCAGCAGUAGAGGCUUUCUUCACUUUUGUCUCCAGUGAAGAAACUAGAGAACGCGGGGCCUGGUUUCUUCACGAAGCAAACGCAAUCCUCAAAUCACUGGGCUUGCUCGCUCACGGGACAGCCACGGCCAAGGAGCGCACGGUCGAUCUCCUGGCGUGCCUCUUCAAACUAAAGAAUAUGAGAGAAACUUAUUGCGGGCGAGCAAAGCUCCCUCUGGUGGAACUGGCGCAGCACGGAUCGGUCACUGUGAAGAAGAAAGCUGGCAAAGUUCUAGCGCAGUUGUCAAUGAUCCAGGAGGUCUCCAGCUAUUUUUAAAAGGAAACGGUGUCUCUAUCAUGUCAUAUAAACAUAGAGCCCGUGCUAUCGUACUACAACACGAUCAUCGUCUCUGGCAAGUUGUCCAUUCUCCUUCGUGAUUAAUCUCUUCUGUCACCAAUCGAUUACUGAGUUCAGCUCUCGAGAGUAACUAUUGUGAAGUCGAAACGUGAGGUAUGUAAAAAGGAUUUUACCUUUUCAUCAUAUAUAUAUAUACACAUCCAUCCUGGGGUUUCA